AUGGCAAUCAAUGCCAGCCAGGGGGUACUGGCACUCGGUGUGCUCACCCUUCUCUUUGGUGGAGACAUUCUGACUCUAUUCAACGGCACAGGGGCAUUCAUGUCAAAAGUUGUUGCGGUCGCUCAGUAUGGCUCCAUCGGCGUUCUUCUGGGAGGCGAGCAGCUGUUUGGGGCCUUGGGAGUGCCGGUUCCAGAGCUCUAUCAGCAGUACAAAGACAAGCGGACAGGGAUUGUGAUGGGGGUCUGGUUGCUGGGCAAUGCUCUCCAGAACCAGCUUGUGUCCACUGGCGCCUUUGAAGUUUACUAUGAUGGACAACGGGUGUUCAGCAAGCUGGAGACCAGUCGUGUCCCAUCACUGGACGAGCUGAUAGACUUGCUGGAAACAGCCAUGGGGUUGCCGCCCACUUUUGAGCAGAGGACAAGGAUCUGA